AUGAAUCACACUGCCCAUCAAGGCCUUAGAAGCCAUCUAGGACGACCCAAUAAUGAGAGUUUCUCACGGCACCACCUUUCUUCUUCAUCACAAAACAGUAAGCGAAGGUGUAACCUUAGCUUUAGGCCACGAGCUGAAAGAGUAGCAGGCAGUGAGAAUGGAGUCCAAAAGCUGAGCUCCUGGGAAAUCCCUAAAAGGGACUGGUUCCCCUCUGACUUCAUCUUUGGCGCCGCCACUUCUGCAUACCAAAUCGAAGGUGGUUGGAAUGAAGAUGGAAAGGGGCCAAGCACUUGGGAUCACUUCUGCCACACUUAUCCGGAAAGGAUAGCGGACGGGAGCAAUGGGGACGUUGCAACCAAUUCGUACCAUAUGUACCCUGAGGAUGUCAGAUUGCUGAAGGAAAUGGGCAUGGACGCCUAUAGGUUCUCCAUCUCUUGGCCCAGAAUUCUACCGAAAGGGACGCUCGAAGGAGGUAUUAACUGGGAAGGCAUCCACUACUACAAAAGGCUCAUCAACUUGUUGCUAGAGAACGGCAUACAGCCAUUUGUAACAAUUUUCCACUGGGACACGCCUCAAGCACUGGUAGACAAGUAUGGUGGCUUUUUAGAUCAGAGGAUUGUAAAAGAUUACACAGACUUUGCUAAGGUGUGCUUUGAGAACUUUGGUGACAAAGUGAAGAAUUGGUUGACUUUUAAUGAGCCCCAUAUAUUUUGUUCUAUGUCAUACGGAACCGGGACCCUUGCCCCAGGGCGGUGUUCACCGGGACAAAAAUGUGCUAUCCCAACUGCAAACUCACUCACAGAGCCAUACAUUGUUGGCCACAACCUUCUCCGAGCCCACGCUGAGGCUGUCGAUCUUUACAACAAGUAUUACAAGGAUGAGAACAGACGCAUAGGGCUUGUGUUUGACGUAAUGGGUUAUCUGCCAUACGAAAAUACAUUUCUGGAUCAACAUGCCCAAGAAAGGUCCAUGGACCUUAACCUAGGAUGGUUCGUGGAGCCAGUGGUUCGUGGUGACUACCCUUUCUCCAUGAGAUCGUUGGCAAGGGAACGGCUACCCUUUUUCAAUGACAAAGAGCAAGAGAAGCUAGUGGGUUCCUAUGACAUGAUGGGGAUAAACUACUACACCUCAAAGUUCUCCAAGCACAUCGACAUCUCAUCAAACUACUUGCCAGUGUUCAACACUGAUGACGCCUAUGCCACAAAAGAAACGUAUGGGCCUGACGGGAAUCCUAUUGGUCCUUCUACGGGGAAUUCGUGGAUCUACAUGUACCCUGAAGGCCUAAAGGAUGUCCUUAUGAUCAUGAAGAACAAAUACGGAAACCCACCCAUAUACAUCACUGAGAACGGGAUGGGUGACGUUGACAAUGGCAAUCUACCCAUACAAGUUGCCUUGAAUGACCACAAAAGGGUAGAGUACCUCCAGCGCCACAUCGCAACUCUUAAGGAGUCAAUGGACUUGGGAGCAAAUGUGCACGGCUACUUCACUUGGUCUCUGCUGGACAACUUUGAAUGGGCCACCGGCUACACCGAACGUUUCGGACUCGUCUACGUUGACCGCAAACACGGCUGCAAGCGCACCAUGAAGCUGUCAGCCAGGUGGUUGCAAGAGUUCAAUGGAGCUGCCAAGAAGGUUGAAGAUAAGAUUCUUACGCCAGCGCUUAAUUAG